AUGGUAGCAGCUCAGUUACUUCGAUCAACCUCGAUAAGGAUUUUGAACCACUCCAGAUACAUUAAUAAUUCUAGGGCGCUGUAUCUUCCCAUCGUGCAGUUCAAGCUCUCUGAUAUAGGAGAAGGAAUUGCCGAAGUUCAAGUGAAAGAAUGGUAUGUGAAAGAAGGAGAUACCGUCAGUCAAUUCGAUAAUCUGUGUGAUGUUCAAAGUGACAAGGCUGCCGUCACAAUCACCAGUAGAUAUGACGGUGUUAUUCGCAAAUUGUACCACAACAUAGAUGAUCUCGCCCGUGUUGGCUUACCACUUGUUGAUAUCGAAAUCGAAGGUGACGACAGUGAAGAAAGUACGAAAGAUUCCGAGAAGACUCAGACUUCAAGCGAAAAAAGCGCUUCCUCCACAUCAUCUUCAGCUACUCAGACUGCUAGUGGACACCAUGGAACACAAGGAAAGGUUCUGGCUACGCCAGCAGUUAGAAGAAUCGCUAUGGAAAAUAAGGUGAACUUGAGCGCCGUUCCUGCUACAGGUAAAGAAGGCCGUGUACUCAAGGAAGAUAUUUUAAAGUUCCUUGGUCAUGUCAAAAGCGAUCAUUCUUCCGGCUCUAAGAAUGUUAGAGCGUCGCCCGCUACAGGAGGGUCGCAAGCUCAAGCUAGUUACAAAACGUAUGAACCACUCCGAGAGGAUACUGCUGUCCCUAUCAGAGGAUACACCAGAGCAAUGGUCAAAACCAUGACUGAAGCUCUUAAAGUUCCACAUUUCGGAUAUUACGAUGAGAUUACCAUGGACGCGCUCAUGAGAGUUCGCGGGGAAUUGAAGGAUUUUGCUAAAGAACAGGGACUCAAGCUGAGCUUCAUGCCUUUCUUCAUCAAGGCCGCAUCUCUUGCUCUCUUGGAAUUCCCAUCUCUUAAUGCUACCGUCGAUGAUAAGCUGGAGAACCUUGUUUACAAAGCUUCUCACAACAUUUGUUUAGCGAUGGACACGCCAGGAGGUCUCGUUGUACCAAAUAUCAAAAAUUGCGAACAGAGGAGUGUGUUUGAAAUCUCUGCAGAGCUUCUCCGCCUUCAAGAAGCAGGAAAGAAUCAGAACAUUAGGACAGAAGAUUUGGUUGGAGGAACUUUCACUUUGAGCAACAUUGGAGCUAUAGGAGGAACUUAUGCCAGUCCUGUCGUAUUCCCUCCUCAAGUAGCCAUUGGAGCAAUCGGUCGUGUCCAGAAAGUGCCACGUUUUGACAGACAUGACAAUGUUGUCGCUGCGCAUGUAAUGAAUGUUUCCUGGUCCGCCGAUCAUAGAGUCGUUGAUGGGGCUACUAUGGCAAGAUUUGGAAACAGAUGGAAGUAUUACUUGGAACACCCAUCAGCUAUGCUUGCUCAACUCAAGUGA